AGGCUGGGAUCUGGUGUGUGUGUGGCAAGGUCUUUUAUUGGCCUAAUUUCCUCUCCCUUAAUCUCCCCUCCCGCUUUCCUGCCACACUCCACCCAGAAUUGAGCUAGUGUAACUAGGAGGUGAUUCUCCUGCUCCCUCUUGCUGCUGCUCUGUAGGGGCUGCAGGGAUCUCCUCACUGCCCAGAUUUGAGGCAGGGCUUUCAGGCAAGGAGGAGAUUAUUUGAUCGAGGGAGGGAAUUUUUUGAAGGGGUUUAGCUAUAUCUAUAGUAUUUUGCGAGGAGGGAGGGAGCGUUUGGUUACUGACCAUGGGGAAGGAUCAGGAACUGCUGGAAGCUGCUCGCACUGGGAAUGUGGCUCUCGUGGAAAAACUCCUGUCGGGGAGGAAAGGAGGGAUCCUGGGCAGUGGAUCUGGAGCUAUUCCCCUAUCCAGCUUACUGAGCAUCUGGCGAGGCCCAAAUAUAAACUGCACAGACAGUUCGGGUUACACUGCUUUACACCAUGCAGCUUUAAAUGGACACAAGGAUAUAGUUCUCAAAUUACUUCAGUAUGAAGCAUCAACUAAUGUGGCAGAUAACAAAGGUUAUUUUCCUAUACACUUGGCUGCUUGGAAAGGAGAUGUAGAUAUUGUGAAGAUUCUCAUCCAUCAUGGGCCAUCACACUCCAGAGUGAAUGAACAGAACAAUGAAAAUGAAACGGCUUUGCACUGUGCAGCUCAAUAUGGACAUUCAGAAGUAGUUGCUGUUUUACUGGAAGAACUAACAGAUCCUACAAUAAGAAACAAUAAAUUAGAAACUCCUUUGGAUCUGGCAGCACUAUAUGGGCGUCUGCAGGUAGUGAAGAUGAUCAUCAAUGCAUAUCCAAACCUGAUGAGCUGCAAUACUAGGAAACACACACCUUUGCAUCUUGCUGCACGUAACGGCCACAAAGCUGUUGUACAGGUGCUACUAGAGGCUGGAAUGGAUGUCAGCUGCCAAACAGAAAAGGGAAGUGCACUUCAUGAAGCAGCUUUAUUUGGAAAGGUGGAUGUAGUACGCAUUUUACUAGAAACAGGAAUUGAUGCCAACAUAAAGGACAGUUUAGGUAGAACUGUUUUAGAUAUCCUUAAAGAACAUCCAUCUCAGCAGUCACUACAAAUUGCUACACUACUUCAAGAAUACAUAAAAACAGGAAAUGCAACCAUUUUGGAGGAACCCACACAGGAAUGCCUAGUGACAGAACAUCAGUCUUGCAUUUUAUCCCCAGAAGUUUCUCCAUCACGAACGACUAAAAGUGAAGCUGUGACUGGAGAGUUAUCAAAGCUCUUAGAUGAAAUCAAACUGUGCCAAGAAAAAGAAUAUUCUUUUGAAGAUCUGUGUCAUACAAUAUCAGACCACUAUCUGGACAAUUUUAGUAAGAUAUCAGAAGAAGAAUUUAUGAGCAGUGGAAUCCAAACUAAACUUAUAAGACCUUCAUCAACAAACCUCUCACCAGGGGAGGAGGAAGAGGAAGAUGCCCGGGAAAACAGUUGUGGUCCUGCAGGUUUAUGGGAGGUACUAACACCCUGCAAUGGAUGUAGGAACCUAGGAUUCCCCAUUCUUGCACAGGAGUCUUAUCGAAAGAAAAGGAGUUAUACACUGGAAGUAGUACCUUCUGCAUCUCUUGAUGCUCAUUCUUCAGAAAAUGCAAACAACCUUUGUGAUUUCAUGGACAUAGCAGUUACGAAGAAACCUUGUUCGUUAGAAAUAGCAAGAGUACCUUCUUCAAGGACAGAUAAUGUACCUCAGGUAGCAAUUACUGCACCAGGAACUGGUAACCAUAGAAACAGCUCCACAGGCCCAACACCUGACUGCUCUCCUCCAUCACCAGACACUGCACUUAAAAAUAUUGUAAAAGUUAUACGCCCUCAGCCCAAACAGAGAACAUCAAUAGUAUCUUCUCUGGAAUUUCACCGACUAAAUCACAGCCAUGAUUAUUUUGAAAUCAACUCAUCCAUUGGAUAUGCAAGCUUUACUUCCAGUCCUUCAAUCAGUCCAGCUAAUUUUUCCAUUGGAUCAAUUGAAGAGAAUGAACUUUCAGAGAAUCUUUGUCAGCAAGAAACAUCCACUGAAAACAAGCUUCCCAAAGGACACCCCGCUGAGCAAUUUGCUGGUCUACUUCAUGGGUCUUCACCUGCAUGUGACCCACCUGAAAAUCCACUUCAACUAUAUAGUAAAGCAAACCAUUGCAGCGAUCCACAGGAAAGCAGUUUAAACAAGAACACAGUACAACAGAGACAGCUACAGCAGGAAAACAACCCUGAUCCUCCAGCUAAGAAAAAAAAACCACAAGUUGUAAACAGAACCAUAUUUCAUACUAAAAUUAAUCCAUUAGAAAAUCAUACAUUGGUUGGCACAAAAACAAGAAUAGGCGAGCAAUGGAUUAUUACUACUGGGGGAUUUGUGGAGCGAGCGUGCACACUUGGGAGGAUUCGAUCUUUGCCAAAGACACUGCUUGAAAUGCAUUUAUCCAAAAAUGUUUCAAAGUCUGACUCUAAUCUCAUCUCCUAUCCACCUAAUGGGAAAAAUUCAGGAAGCAACUGGAGUGAACCCACACAAAGCCAACAAAAUUCUAAAGGAAAUUCUGAAAGAACACCAUCCUUCACUUCAGAAUGGGAAGAAAUUGAUAAAAUAAUGAGUUCCAUAGAUGCUGGAAUUAGCAUUGGGCUAGAGGAGAUGAAUGAUGAUACUGCGGGACUCAGAUGCCCUGUCCAGACAGUGGGACAAUGGUUGGAAAAUAUUGGGCUACCUCAGUAUGAGAACCACUUGCUGGCUAAUGGAUUUGAUAAUGUGCAAUUUAUGGGAAGCAAUGUAAUGGAGGAUCAGGAUCUGUUGGAAAUAGGAAUACUUAACUCUGGACACCGGCAAAAAAUUCUACAGGCAAUCCAGCUCCUUCCAAAGAUGAAGCAGAUUGGUAACGAUGGUUACAACCCCACCUCUGUGGCAGAGUGGCUGGACUCCAUUGAACUGGGUGACUAUACCAAAUCCUUUCUGAUUAAUGGCUAUACAUCGAUGGAACUUGUGAAAAAAAUCUGGGAGAGCGAAUUAGUUAAUGUUUUAAAAAUCAACUUGGUUGGCCACAGGAAACGUGUUUUGGCAUCUCUGGGAGACAGGCUUCACGAAGACCCUCCUCAGAAACCACCUAGGUCAAUAACCCUCAGGGAACCCAGCGGUAACCAUACUCCUCCUCAGUUGUCUCCCUCACUUAGCCAAAGCACUUACACUACUGGUGGCUCCCUAGACGUUCCUCACAUUAUCAUGCAGGGGGAUGCAAGGAGAAGAAGAAAUGAAAACUAUUUUGAAGAUAUUCCCCGGUCAAAACUGGAGAGGCAGAUGGCACAGCAGUCCUCUGUCUGUGAGAUAUGGACCAACCAGAAUGCAGGAUUUCCUUUCUCAUCGAUGCAUCAGGUUCAUAAUACAGGAGACUGGGGAGAACCUUCAAUUACUUUACGACCGCCUAACGAAGCGACAGCAUCAACUCCAGUACAGUACUGGCAACAUCACCCAGAGAAACUCAUCUUCCAGUCAUGUGAUUAUAAAGCAUUUUAUUUAGGUUCUAUGCUGGUAAAAGAGCUUAGAGGCACAGAAUCAACACAGGAUGCCUGUGCAAAGAUGAGGAAGUCUACAGAGCAAAUGAAGAAAGUCCCAACUAUUGUUCUAUCAGUUUCUUACAAGGGAGUCAAAUUUAUUGAUGCAACAAAUAAGAAUAUUAUUGCUGAACAUGAAAUCCGCAACAUUUCCUGUGCUGCACAAGACCCUGAAGACCUCUCGACAUUUGCAUACAUCACUAAAGACUUGAAGACUAAUCACCACUACUGCCAUGUAUUUACUGCAUUUGACGUGAAUUUAGCCUAUGAAAUAAUUCUAACACUUGGACAGGCAUUCGAGGUAGCCUACCAGCUCGCACUACAAGCACGAAAAGGAGGCCACUCUUCAACCCUCCCAGAAAGCUUUGAAAAUAAACCCACCAAACCAAUUCCAAAACCACGUGUUAGUAUUCGAAAGUCUGUGAUAGAUCCAUCUGAACAAAAGACUCUUGCCAAUCUACCAUGGAUUGUAGAACCUGGACAAGAAGCCAAAAGAGGAAUUAAUACCAAGUAUGAAACUACAAUUUUCUGAUACAAAACUGUCCUCUGGUUCUUGUUGUGCCUUGCACUCCAAGUAGUCACAGCACAGCCUUUCCUUUACGGCAAUGUUUCAAUCCAGUACAGAGGAAGACUGCACUGUAAGAGUGGCCUUGUAACUAACAAAAAAAAAGGCUAGUAAUUAUUUCUUCCUGCAGCACUGACAGGAGAAUGACUCUGUAUGAAGACUUUUAAAUUACAGUCUGCAAGGAGAGUGAGGAAAUAUUUUUCAAGCAGUCCUCUUGUGACUCCGCCACAGUGCUUUCUUUGAUUUCUUAUUUUAGGAUUCUACUUUUUAAAAAGUUCUCUAAACUAACAUUAAUGCUGCCUAUGAGUAUGAGAUUUGCUUGGUUAUUUAAAUCUUGGCAGGUUUUAAUUGAAAUAGAAUUAUUAAAUACAAUAUUUGUGAAACCCUGAACUCUUAAGAAUUAAUUACUCUUUGUUGUAUUAAAAAUAAUAAAAUAACAAGAAAUUAGUUACCCCAAUUUCUGUGUGUGCUGGUUUUAUAUGUAAUCAUUAAUGUCCUUUGAUCUUCUUUAAAAAAUAACCUAUCACAGUGUGACAAAGGAUGAGACUUUUAUGAUUAAUUAAAAAGAGGAAUUAAUAAUGCACAGAAAAUGUGUCUUAUAUUAGAUAUUUUUAUGGAAAAGAAUACUAUGGGAGAACAUAGAAAUAUUUAUGGGAGAUGAAGUCAGAUUAACUAUGAAAGAUUUUGUUUAUUUUCAAGUUGGCUAAACAAUUGCUACUGUACCUUUAGCAAAUUAUCAAUGGUGGAUGCACUAGUUGCUUCAUCUGAUGGG